AUGGCGGUCGCGGUGUCGGCUCGGAUAGUCGACGACUUUCCUCCACUCGGCUCGCUGACGCUCGAGGAGCAGGAGACAGCAGCAUGUGUGGCGGUGCUGGCGGCGCUGAGGGGCUUCCCCUCGUCGCUCGUGGCAGUGAGUCUGGCGAACGAGAGGGACAUGCGGCGCGCGCGUGCCAGCAUCGUCUCGGAACCGCCCAACCACGUGGACUACAAUGUUCGAGCGGACGCACAAGAACUGCUGCCUUUGAUCGCUGACACCGCCCUCCUCCGCCACUUCACAGAGCGCCAUGAGUCAUCCUGCUCCCGUGCCGGCACACUCCACACGUCGCUGCCGGAUCCGCCCGGCCUGCCUCUGGAGCAGCACCACACGAGCCAGUGCCUGCAGGCCCUCGCCCAGGCCGUUCGUGUGUUCCUUGAUAACACAGCCAUGCUGUUGUGCAAGCUGGAGAGUCAGUGUGAGAGCCAUGGCAUGAGGCUGCUGGAGCUCAAGCGGUACAUUCAGCCCGUAGCGGACGGAGUGAGGGUGCUCACACCCAUCGUGAGAGGGGUGGAGGACGAAGGAUGGGGGUCCACAGAGGUUCUCGACAUGCUGCAUGCAGCGUCUACCCGACCAGAUGUGAGGGAGGCGGAGGGCCUCAUUCGCUUUGUGCUGCAAGCUACAUGCGCUCCCUACCUUCACCUCCUCUCCUCGUGGAUGCAGGAGGGGCGAUUGGACGACGACAUUCACAGCGAGUUCUUCGUUUCUGCAUGCACCACUGCUUCUGCAGAUGUACACACAGCUACCACUGAUGCUCAUGCUGAACCCACCAAUUCCACCACUCCUGCCACGGGGCAAGGGGAAUGGCGGGGUGCAGAGGGUUGGGAAGGGGCGAAAGUGGAAGGGCAGCGGUUUGUAGUGCGGUGCGAUGCGGUGCCGGUGCUGUUCCAGUCGGUUGCUGAUGAUGUGCUGGCCACGGGGCAGCUGGUGCAUGCGCUCAGGGAGCAUGGGUACUUGAAGCAGCAGAUACCAUCAGAAGAGAAGGCUGAACAGCCACGGAUGCAACUGGGCAGUCUAGAGGAGAGCGUGGGUGUGCGCACACAGGCAGUGCAGCAGACGAUGCUAGAUCUUACACUGAACAAGAGCCACCUGCUGGGGCAUCUGCUCACUAUCAGACGAGUGCUGCUGCUCUCCCAGGCCGACUUCCUGUCUGACUUCAUGGCACUGGCAAGCGAGGAGCUCUGCAAGCCAGCGAGCAGGGCGUCUCAGGCUCGCAUCGAUCUCUCACUGGGCGCGUCUCUCCGCUCCUCGACUGCAGCCAAUGACCCCAACUGCGACCGCCUCUCUGCUCGCCUGGUCCCUGUUGAUCCACCCAGUCCCUCCACCUCAUCGCUUCAACAGCAGCCCCUACGGUCACAACCUCUACAAUCACAAUCGCCGCACCUACAGCGCACACCAGCACAGCCGCCACAGUCGCGUCUGCGGCAGUCGCGGGAGAGCAUGGACGGUGCAGAUCUACUGAGCAGCCUGCAGGCCUACGAGCAAUACGAGCACCUGCUGGGAGAUGAUGCAGAUGAUGAUUCUUUUGCUUCUCAUGCUGCUGCUGCUGCUGCUGCUGGUAGUGGUGAUGGCAGUGGUGGUGGCGGUGGUGGUGGUGGCAGUGGUGCGGAUGGGGAUGGCAGACAAAUCUACAGCAACCCCCUAUCGCUGCUACCCCAGGUCACCCCUGUUCGGCCAGUCAGCCCUGCAGCUGCAGUGGCGGCGCAGGCAGCAAGGAGGGGAGGGGCCGAACGCAGGGGAGCUUCAGGGGAGAGCGGAUGGGAGGCUAUCUAUAUCGACUACCAGGCGCCGUGGCCUGUAUCUGCUGUGGUACCCCCAUCCGCCCUGCAGGCCUACAAUCGCCUCUUCCGCUUCCUGCUCGCAGCCCGGCGCACCCACCUGCACCUGGCCCUCGCAUGGUCUGCGCUGCAGCUGACGCGGGGAUUGAAGGUGGAGGGGACAAUGCUGCAGCGCGUGCACUGGCUGCGGCAUCGCAUGGCGUGCGCUGUCACUGCCAUCCUCGACCAUGUUGCAUAUGCGGUGAUAAGUCCCAAUUUCGACCUCAUGACAUCCAGAUUGACCAAGGCUACCUCCUUCCACCAGCUUGUGCAGGAGCACCAAUCAUUUCUUGACACGUGUCUUUCGGAGGGGCUAUUGGAUUCCUGCCCGCAUAUUCGAGAGAAGCUAUCCUCCCUCCUCUCCAUCUCGCUUCGCUUUGCCACCUCAGUCAGCACCACCAUACAUACAGCCUCCUCUCUCCCGGGCCUCGAUUCGUCUUCAUCAGCAGCAGGAGGAGGAGGAUGGGGAGGAGGAGGAGGAAGGGGAGGUUAUGGGGUGGAGGGUAGAACCAGUGGAGGCGAGCUGGCUGACUAUGCCUAUGGUGAUGCCACGUCAGAUGCCAAGGGACGGGCGGCGCGGGCGGCAUUCCGUCGGCAGUUAGCGGCGGAGGAGCUACAGCGGGGCUUGGAGGAGGAGGGAUUUGUUGAAGAGAUGAGAUCCACGCACACGGCCUUUGCGGCCUCUCUCCGGGCCGCCACUGCUGCCAUCGCAUCUGCUCUCCGAGACCAUCCUGUGCUGCUCUCCCUGCACCUCGCCCUCACCGCUGUUGCUAAAGGCCUUCCUUAG